GUCACCCUCACAACGCACCUUCCAUUCCGGCAUCCAGAUCUGCUCCAAGUCAAAUCGGAACCGACGGCAAAUAUGAUAUUCCUGCGUCACUUGCGUUUAACCUGUCCGACCGCAUUUUCACCAAUCACAUUGUUCAAACAACGCGGUUUCUUCCGCCCACCGUCUAUAAUAUUCCUCUCUCCUCUACCCACCGUUUCCGCCGAUUGAGCUGCUGUUACUGUUGCCCACAUCGCCGCCUCCAGUCGUCACCGACUCGCCGGCUGACAGUUCGACUUUCUGUCGCCAUGGAUGGAGCUCCCUGUCGCAUUCCUCUCCUCAUCUCCCUCCUCCUCGCUCUUAUUUUACCUUCCAUGGCGGAGAUCAAGACCCUAGAGAUCUCAGAUGACUCCCGGUCGAUUAUCCUGUUUGAGAAGUUCGGAUUCAGUCUAAAGGGCACCGUCAACAUCAAUAUAUCGGGCGUCUCUGUCGCCUCCGCCUCCUCCGCCCUCGCCGCCGACCAGUCCAACUUCGGAUUCUUCCUCAUCUCCGACGAGAGCCUCAUACAGGCCGCCUACGACACGCAGCAGAAUCCUGACUCCAACUCCUACCCCGAUUGCAUCCUAAUGAGCCCUUACGUCUAUCUCCUCUUCAACUUUUUGAAGCUUUCCCCACCGCCUCCCAGCGGCGCUUACAGCGACUCCUUCAACGCCCCCCGUCCCGACGAAUACAGCCUCUACUUCGCCAAUUGCAACCCCGGUUCCGCGGUCACGAUGGCGAUCCACACGGAGAUGUACAACACCCGUCGCGACAACACCCGAGACUACCUGUCGGUCGGCCAGUCCCCGGUGCCAUCGAUCUACACUUUCUUCGCAGUCGCCUACGCUGCCUUCCUGGCCGUAUGGAUCUACCUCACUCUGUUCCAGAAUCGGCUCUCCUCCCAUCAGAUCCACCACUUGAUGGCCGGGCUUCUUCUCUCCAAGGCUCUCUACCUCGUAUUCGCCGCCGAGGACCAGCACUACAUCCGGAAGACCGGCACCCCUCAUGGGUGGGACGUCCCUUUCUACAUCUUCCAGGUCCUCAAAGGCGUCCUCUUGUUCACGGUCAUCGUCCUCAUAGGCACCGGCUGGUCCUUCCUCAAGCCCUUCCUGCAGGAACGCGAGAAGAAGGUUAUCAUGAUCGUGAUCCCGCUCCAGAUCGUUGCUAACAUCGCGUCGGUUGUGAUCGGCGAGACUGGGCCGUUCAUCAAGGACUGGGUCACCUGGAACCAGGUUUUCCUUCUCAUCGAUAUCAUCUGCUGCUGUGCCAUUCUGUUCCCCAUCAUCUGGUCGAUAAGGUCUCUGCGAGAGACGUCCAAGACUGACGGGAAGGCCGCGAGGAACCUCACGAAGCUCACUUUAUUCCGGCAAUUCUACAUUGUCGUGAUUGGAUACCUUUACUUCACCAGGAUCGUUGUCUUUGCUUUGAAGACGAUCGCGUCCUACAAAUACCGGUGGGUGAGCGUGGCUGCCGAGGAGACCGUGGGCCUUAUUUUCUAUUUAUUCAUGUUCUACAUGUUCCGGCCAGUAGAGAGAAAUCAGUACUUUGCGAUCGACGAUGAAGAGGAAGAAGCUGCAGAAUUAGCUCUUCGUGAGGAAGAAUUCGAACUCUGAUUGGCAAUAGCAAGGAGAUAUGAUUUUUUUUUCACACUUCUUGGUUUGAUGUUUACUGAUCUCUGAUAGUGCUCUUGCUAUAGGCUAAAAGAGAACCAAAAAAAAAAAAACUGUAAGGUAUUGUACCCUCAUUUCUUAUGAUUGCCACUUGCAUUGUUUUCCAUACCUUUGUCAUCAUAUACUUGGUUCUCAAGUGCUGUGUAUGAAGUUAGAUGUUAUCUUCAGAAGUUCUAUGCUAUUAUGGAUGAACAUUUAUGGAGUUC